UGAACUAUGGGCUGUAAGGUUCAGACUAACCCACGUACUGUGUCUUUAAACAGAGUGAGAAGGCCAAAGGGCAGGGACAGCAGGGAGUAACCAGUUCAGCCAGAGAGUUGUCACACAUGGCAGUGCUCCCGGACAGGCUCUGUGCAUUGGGAGGGAUUGUCUGGGGUUUAGUCACUGCACUGUAUCACAGGCGGAUGCACUGGGCACUCAGCCCAGGUCCACCCUGCCCCUCACAAGGUGUUGUGUGCGACUUGCCAGAGGGCUGAUGAAUACACACUUCCGCUUACAGGCUCAGCCCCCCGCUCUGUCACACCUGUAAGCUGUCGCACAGCAGCACCUGAGCACACUUGCGCCCUUAGGACAGCAGCUGGGCUGGAGUCACAUAUAGGAGCCGAGAACAGACCUGAGCCACUGCACAGAAGCUGAGGGAGAAUUAGAGAAGGGAGCCUGGAGCUAUCCUGUACCCCUUGGCAGAGGCCGGGAGAGUCAGAGAGAAGCCCUGAUCUGAGUGCCAAGCAGCAAGUUCCUCUUGUACCUCUGAGCCUCCCGCUCCCUUCCUUUGCCCUGCAGGCCUGGGGGAGAUGAGCAUUUCAUCUGAGCACCGAUCCCUGGGGAAACAAGUCACGAGCAGUCUACAAACGCUGUCACCGAUCGUGGAGUUAAACAUUGGCGGGGAGGUGUACACAACAACGCUAAGCACCCUGAAGAAACACCCUGGCUCCAAGCUGGCAGAGAUGUUUACUGGCCAGCCCAAGCUCAGGACUGACUCAGAGGGGAGGUUCUUCAUUGACAGGCCAGGCACCUAUUUUAAGUACAUCUUGGAAUACCUCCGCAGUAACCAGGUGCCCACCCAGUGCAUCCAGGAUGUGUAUAAAGAGGCAUUGUUCUAUGACAUUGAGCCUCUGGUCAAGCAGCUGGAGGACUCCCCUCAGAUUUUUGGGGAGGUGGUGGCAAGGAAGCAGUUUCUGGCCCACGUGCCCAACUACAACGAGAACAUUGAGCUGAUGAUUCGCAUUGCCAGGGCGGAGGCGGUAGCCUCCCGCCAGUCCAGCGUCACAGUGUGUGUGGUCAGGACCGAGGAGGAUGCAGCCAAGUGUCAUGACACCCUGAACAGCUUGGACAUGGAUAAGAAAUCUGUGGUGAAGUUUGGCCCUUGGAAGGCAACGCCGAGCAUUUCUGACCUGUUGGAUUGCAUUAAAAUGGACAUUGAAGCCAAAGGAUACAAGAUUUCCUUCCAGCCCCACGUCACGGAGAAAGGCUUCCGGAUCAAAUCCUACGUCUUCUUCUACAAAUUUCUGUUCACCUGGUGGUAGCAAAAGGGAAGGGUUGGCAGUGAUUUUUAAAUGGCUAUUAAAAUAAAUAGACUUCUGUUGUUUAAAUAUAGAAAAUCUCUCAGAGAUCAGAUUCUGGAAUCUGGCCAAACUGCACACCUCACAAGUUGAGAUGUGUGUGCAACGGGAGUGUAAAUCCUCCCCGCCCCCAUGCUAUUCCAAAACUGAGUCUAUCGUGUACAGGCCUGGUCUUCCAGUGUAAGUCAGAGCAGCCUUAGACUGAUUGCUAACAGCCCCAAGGGGCUGAAACCACAUUCAGGGGACCAGAGCAGUAGAGGGUGUCAUCCUCUUUACUCUGACCUCAUUCUGUGUAAACAGCCAGAGCUGCGGGUAGUGUAGUCUCUACACCACCUCUGGGGCAAUCGUCCUGGGACUGAGUUAACCCGUUUUACAGCCAGAAACAGCUGUCAGUGCAGUGCAAAGUAGCCACAUUGGAGGAUCUGGUACAGAAUUUUUACUGUUGCUACACAUAUACAAUAAU